AUGGCGGUACAGUGGCUUCUGGUGUGUCACGGGAUGGUGACAUUAACGGUGGUGAUCUCGUUCCUCUGCGGUCAAUGGCCAAUCUUCAAAGGCACACCUUUUCAAUUGCUUCACUACUUUCUCACUUUCGGCGCCUACGAUUACUUACUGAGGUUUGUAGGAAUGGUGUUUGGUUCCAAGGGUACGGAGGUGAUUCUGUCGGUAGAGUCUUUCUGUUGCGAGCGUCCUAAUCCGAUUCUGCAAAUCCUAUAUAUAGCGAUUAUCGGAACAACAUACUUUUUGACUGCAAAAUCUUCUUUCAUCUACAUUCCUGGAUAUUAUAUUGGCGAUCUUCACAAGUACACGAGCUUUGUGGCUGUUAUUAUGGGUGUUGUACUUUUCUUAUUAACAAGCUUAUCUGAUCCAGGUACCGUGAACGCUUCAAAUGUUUCACAGUACAUUUCUGCUUACCCUUGUGAUGAUAUCAUUUACUCGGAGAAACAAUGUUCUACUUGUAAAAUCCCAAAGCCUGCUAGAUCCAAGCAUUGCAGCAUCUGCAACCGCUGUGUUGCUCGGUUUGACCAUCAUUGCGGGUGGAUGAAUAACUGUAUUGGUGAAAGGAAUACCAGAUAUUUCAUGGCUUUCCUCUUUUGGCAUUUUCUUCUUUGCUUGUACGGAUCAAUAGCCAUUGGGUUUAUUCUCGCCGGGCGAGUUAAAGAAGUUCGUGUUGUACAUGUUUUAACUGUCUAUUACGGUGUAGAUAAAUCUUUCCGAAGCUUAGCUCCUCGAGUUUUACAGUGGCUUGUUAGUACGUACAACACCCAAAUACUUCUAAUGGUGUUUCUCGCCGUUGUUUCUCUCCUCCUUGCUGGCUUCUUUGCUUACCACUUAAAACUCUGCUUAACCAACACAACAACGAAUGAGUGGAGAGAGUAUAUAAGCUUGAGGAAGAAUCUCAGUGAAGCGAAGAAGAGCGCUGCAGCGAUCAAGGCGGGAAUGCCACGUGAACCGAAGAAGCCAUUAGCCAAAAGCAAAUGCUUCGGGCUUUGUGGAAGAUCCUCUACCAAUGUAGAAACAGAGGUUAAAGCCGAAGAAGCUAUUGCCAAACGGAACUUGUAUGAUAGAGGAAGUUUCCAAAACGUUUCUGAGAUUGUUUUUCCUUUAUCCUCAAGACCUUCUUCUUCUUCUUCUUCCAAAUCGAAACCCAAGUUGGAAUAG